CCUCCUCCGAGACCCGCGCACGGAGAAAGCAGAGCGACGUCGUGGCGGCAGGGGCUUGGAAGCGCGGGGGCGCGGCGGCUCGGCCCUGGGCAGCCCCGGGCAGCGCCGGCCGGGUCAAGGAGCAAGCUCUCCCUGCUCCAGCUCUCAGCCCUCUGGGGACCUGUCCCCUGCCCUCUGUGCUAUACAUUGGACUCGGUGACACUCAGGAAAUGCUUGUCUCCUGCUGUUGACGCAUCAUCUCCCAGUACUAUGGAUCAUGCUGAAGAAAAUGAAAUCCUCGCAGCAAGCCAGAGGUACUAUGUGGAAAGGCCUAUCUUUAGUCACCCCGUCCUCCAGGAAAGACUGCACAAGAAGGACAAGAUUUCAGAUUCCAUCGGGGAUAAGUUGAAACAGGCAUUCACGACAGAGAAGACUAAAUGGACCUGCUGGUCAGUGGUUCCACAUUCACAAACUUACCAAAUCAGUAAAUGUACUCCUAAGAAGAUACGAAAUAUCAUUUAUAUGUUCCUGCCCAUAACAAAAUGGUUACCAGCAUACAAGUUCAAAGAGUAUGUGUUGGGUGACUUGGUCUCAGGCAUAAGCACAGGGGUCCUUCAGCUUCCUCAAGGGUUAGCCUUUGCAAUGCUGGCUGCUGUGCCUCCCGUGUUUGGCCUGUACUCUUCAUUUUAUCCUGUUAUCAUGUAUUGUUUUUUUGGAACCUCCAGACACGUAUCCAUAGGUCCAUUUGCUGUGAUUAGCCUGAUGAUUGGCGGCGUGGCUGUCCGAUUAGUACCAGAUGAUAUCGUCAUCCCAGGAGGAGUAAAUGCAACCAACGGCACAGAAGCAAGAGAUGCCUUGAGGGUGAAAGUCGCCAUGUCUGUGACCUUACUUUCAGGAAUCAUCCAGUUUUGCCUAGGUGUCUGUAGGUUCGGAUUUGUGGCCAUAUAUCUCACCGAGCCCCUGGUCCGGGGCUUUACCACUGCAGCAGCUGUGCACGUCUUCACCUCCAUGUUGAAGUACUUGUUUGGAGUGAAAACAAAGCGGUACAGUGGGAUCUUUUCAGUGGUGUAUAGUACAGUUGCUGUGUUGCAGAAUGUUAAAAACCUCAACGUGUGUUCUCUAGGCGUCGGGCUGAUGGUUUUUGGUUUGCUGUUGGGUGGCAAGGAGUUUAAUGAGAGAUUUAAAGAGAAAUUGCCGGCACCCAUUCCUUUAGAGUUCUUUGCGGUGGUGAUGGGGACUGGCAUUUCAGCUGGGUUUAACCUGAAAGAAUCGUACAAUGUGGAUGUCGUCGGGACACUUCCUCUGGGGCUACUGCCUCCUGCCAACCCGGACACCAGCCUCUUCCACCUCGUGUACGUGGAUGCCAUCGCCAUAGCCAUUGUUGGCUUUUCGGUGACCAUCUCAAUGGCCAAGACCUUGGCAAGUAAACAUGGCUACCAGGUUGAUGGCAAUCAGGAGCUCAUUGCUCUGGGACUGUGCAAUUCCAUUGGCUCACUCUUCCAGACUUUCUCCAUUUCAUGCUCCUUGUCUCGAAGCCUUGUUCAGGAGGGAACUGGAGGGAAGACACAGCUUGCAGGUUGUUUGGCCUCACUAAUGAUUCUGCUGGUCAUAUUAGCCACCGGAUUCCUCUUUGAAUCAUUACCCCAGGCUGUGCUGUCGGCCAUUGUGAUCGUCAACCUGAAAGGAAUGUUUAUGCAAUUCGCAGAUCUCCCGUUUUUCUGGAGAACGAGCAAAAUAGAACUGACCAUCUGGCUUACCACUUUUGUUUCCUCCUUGUUCCUGGGAUUGGACUAUGGUUUGAUUACAGCUGUGAUCAUCGCUCUGCUGACUGUGAUUUACAGAACACAGAGUCCCAGCUACAAAGUCCUUGGACAGCUUCCUGACACUGAUGUGUAUAUCGAUAUCGACGCAUUUGAAGAGGUGAAAGAAAUUCCUGGAAUAAAAAUAUUCCAAAUAAAUGCCCCAAUUUAUUAUGCAAAUAGUGACUUGUAUAGCAGUGCUUUGAAAAGAAAGACGGGAGUGAACCCAGCACUCAUAAUGGGAGCGAGAAGAAAGGCCAUGAAGAAGUAUGCUAAGGAAGUUGGAAAUGCAAAUGUGGCCAACGCAACCGUUGUCAAAGUGGACGCGGAAGUAGACGGAGAAGAUGCCACAAAGCCUGAAGAAGAGAAUGAUGAAGUAAAAUAUCCCCCAAUAGUCAUCAAGAGCACAUUCCCUGAGGAACUGCAAAGAUUUAUGCCCCCCAGGGAGAACAUUCACACCAUCAUUCUGGAUUUCACGCAGGUCAACUUUAUUGACUCUGUUGGCGUGAAAACCCUGGCUGGGAUUGUUAAAGAAUAUGGAGAUGUCGGUAUUUAUGUGUAUUUAGCAGGAUGCAGCGCCCAAGUUGUAAACGACCUCACUCAGAAUCGAUUUUUUGAGAACCCGGCCUUGAAGGAGCUUCUGUUCCACAGCAUUCACGAUGCGGUGCUUGGCAGCCAGCUUCGGGAAGCCCUCGCUGAGCAGGAGGCCUCGGCUCUCCCUCCCCAGGAGGACUCGGAGCCCAACGCCACUGCCGAAGCAUAGAUGAAGACCUCGGCUGGGAUGGGGUAGGCGCCUCUCCUGAAAUGACUCAUCGUUACACAGUUUAAGUACUAGACACUAGUUUUUUCUUCCUAAGGGUAAAUAUCAGUAGUCAAGGUUUGAUUUGGAGGGUGAAUGAUGCAUAGAAAGAUGUAUCUUACUUGUGGGGGUUUUUUUAUUGAAUAUUUCAAAGAUAAACUGUCCUCUUGUCUGCAUUUCUCGUGCAGUGACUUUUUUUUUACUUAAAUUCGAUUAGCCAACAUAGAGUACAUCCCUAGUUUUUGAUGUAGUGUUCAGUGAUUCGUUAGUUGCGUGUAACACCCCAUGCCCAUCACAACACGUGUCCUCAAUACCCAUCACCCAGUUUCCCAUCCUCCCACCCACCUCACCUUCUCCAACCUUCAGUUUGU